AUGGGCAAGCCGCGGAUGAUUAUUCUCGUCCGCCAUGGACAAUCGGAAGGAAACAAAAACCGCGAGAUCCAUCAGACAAUCCCCGACCAUCGUGUGAAGCUCACGCCCGAGGGUCAUCGGCAAGCCCAAGAGGCCGGCCGCCGGCUACGCGAUCUCCUCCGUCCCGACGACACGCUCCACUUCUUCACUUCUCCCUAUCGCCGAACGAGAGAAACUACCGAGGGCAUCCUGGAAUCUCUGACAUCUGAUUCGCCGAGCCCCUCGCCUUUUCCGAGACAUACCAUCAAGGUCUAUGAAGAGCCGCGUUUGCGGGAACAAGAUUUCGGGAACUUCCAGCCAUGUUCAACGGAGAUGGAGCGAAUGUGGAUGGAAAGAGCAGACUAUGGACACUUCUUUUACCGUAUUGCCAACGGGGAGUCCGCGGCGGAUGCCUAUGAUCGAGUGAGCGGGUUUAACGAAUCUCUGUGGCGCCUCUUUGGGGAGCAGGACUUUGCCAGUGUCUGUGUUCUUGUAACGCACGGCCUCAUGGCUCGAGUGUUUAUGAUGAAGUGGUAUCAUUGGAGUGUGGAGUACUUCGAGGACCUGCGCAACAUCAACCACUGCGAGUUUGUGAUCAUGACCCACGACCCGGAGAGCGGCAAGUAUGCGCUUCAGAAUAAGCUGCGCACAUGGUCCGAUUUGCGCCAGGAGAGAGAUCGUGAGCGUGCGACUAAAGAGGUUGUUUCGUCUCCCAUUACGUUGACAGAUCCUACUCCUAUCCGAAGGAAAUGGGGCGGGUGUCCCGAUGGGUGCAAUCAUAUGCCGGCCGAUGUCCAACGAUCGCUCCGAGCGAAGCUUGUGGGUUCUGUUCGCCAUGAAAGUGGUCACCCUCGACAUAAACAUGUGGAUGGCCAUGUGCAAAGUCCCGGUCACUCCAAAAGUCAUAACCACCACGAAACAGCCCCAGCAGAUAGAACAUCAGCUGCACCCACCUCCUCAGAGUCCAAGCCAUCAAACCCCGUCGGCGAUGAUCAUCCCAAUUGGAACGAUCUUCCAUCCCGAAAUCCCGCUCAUGCGGAUCGACACGCCAAUGGCAAACCCCGGCUAACUGUGGAGGCUGGAGAUGCCCAAACCGAUCCGCAGCUCCGAGACUCCAGCUCCGACAGCCGGCCAACCGCUGCCGCAUCGCGUCCCAAACGGCCCACCCUGAACGGAUUGCACCGAGAUAGCGAAGACCAUCUUCUCCAUCCGCCGGCGUCAUCCUCAUCCACAACCUGUCUUAAGCUUGCCCUUCUCCAUCUCGGCGGUCGCGAUGGAGGCGGAUCACUUAGCGGUGCUAACAGUCUUGCCCCAUCCGAUGACGAAGGCGACGACCACGACCACCAUGCACCUGUGUCGAGAGUCGCUAGUCGCGAAAUCUCAAGUACCCCGACAGCACCGACGAGCCUGCCUCUCCAAUCUCAAUCUCAAUCUCAGGAGUUUGAGAACGACGGCGACGACGAGAUGAGCGGCAACCUCUCCGACAGAGAUCAUAAAAUCCGAACACAUCACCACCAUCACCACCACCGUGACCAGAACCACAAUCAUCAUCAUCAUCACCACCACCAGCGCUACCCGUCUUCAAACCUCUCCCAGGGCGAGCACCGGAUGGCCAACAUCUUAGGUGACGGAGAUAGCGCCUCCACCCAAGAAGAGACCCCAGGCCAAACUGGACAUCAACAGGAGGAUAGUAGUGCACAAACGCAGCCUAGUUCUAGCGACUGGCACGAUGUUGAGAAGGAAUCAUCUCUGGAUCAACAGCAGCAAGAGGACCAGAGUAUUCAGGGGAGCGUCUAUUGA